GGGGUGCGGCGGGGAAGCGCUUCCCGCCUGGCCGCACCGGCAGCCGCUGUCCCCCUCCUUCCCGCCCCGGUUAUGAAACCGCGGGGGAGGGGUUGGCUGCCACCCGUCGUUCUCGGCCGUGCCGGAGAACGCAGGCUGCUGGAACGCAGUGGUCAGACAGAAUGGCUCCAGUGAACCAGCCAAAGGAUAAAAAGCAUGAGAAGACGCUUGAGCACUGGACGGAAGAAGCAAAAUCAUCUGGGAAGAGGAAACUGGACUAUGAGGAGCUAGGGAAUGAGCCACAAGCAAAAAGAUUGUUUGUGAGAAAAACAUCCAAACCCCCAGAGAAAACGGGUUGGAGUGGAGGUAGGUCCAUGGUGAAAAACAACAGAGUCCUUUUCCAUCAGCUGGGGCGGCAGUGCAGCAUUGUUCAUUAUCUCUACCAGAACAUGCUGGGAGGUUCCAUUCGGGCACAGCUCAGGCAGUGUCUGCAGCUGCCCUUUCUGCGCUCUCUAGCCUCGUACCGCCUGUUUCGAACAGCAAGUCCCUUUGACAGGAGAGUGACAUGUCUGGAAUGGCAUCCAACACACCCCAGUACUGUAGCAGUUGGUUCCAAAGGUGGAGACAUCAUCCUGUGGGAUUAUGAAGUACUUACUAAAACCUGCUUCAUAAAAGGGAUGGGAGCUGGAGGGGCCAUCACAGGAAUGAAGUUUAACCCUUUUAACCCUAGUCAGCUGUACACUUCGUCAGUUGCCGGCACUACCACUCUUCAGGAUUUUAAUGGCAAUACUGUCCGGGUCUUCACCAGCACCGAGGACUGGGAUUGCUGGUACUGCAGUGUUGAUGUUUCUGCAAACUGCCGUGCGGUGGUGACAGGAGAUAAUGUGGGCAACGUGGUCCUGCUCAGCACUUCUGGUGAAGAGAUAUGGAAGCUGAAAUUGCACAGGAAGAAAGUGACUCAUGUGGAGUUUAACUCCCGGUGUGAGUGGCUGUUGGCCACUGCAUCUGUGGAUCAGACGGUCAAAAUCUGGGACCUCAGAAACAUUAAAAACAAAACAAAUUUUCUUCAUCUGCUUCCUCAUGACAAACCUGUCAAUGCAGCUUACUUCAGCCCAACAGAUGGUGCCAAACUCCUGAGCACAGACCAGCGCAAUGAAAUUAGGGUUUACUCAUCUUCAGAUUGGACCAAGCCACAGCAUCUGAUCCCACAUCCACAUCGGCAGUUUCAGCACCUCACACCUAUUAAGGCAACAUGGCAUCCUCGCUAUGACCUCAUUGUAGCAGGUCGCUACCCAGACCCCAAGUUCCCAGGCUACACGGUGAAUGAGCUGCGAACUGUGGAUGUGUUUGAUGGAAACACCGGGGAGAUGGUUUGCCAGCUCCAUGAUCCAAACGCUUCUGGUAUCAUCUCGCUCAACAAAUUUAACCCCAUGGGAGACACGCUGGCUUCUGGCAUGGGUUUUAAUAUUCUGAUCUGGAGCCGGGAGGAGAUGGUGGCCAAGAAACAAGAACAUCUUUUGAAAGCCAUGACAGAACAGGGGAUUGGAAGCUGGAGUUUGUCCAGACACAGAGGGCAAAGGCAAGCAAACCCUGGGACAAGCAAACUCAAAGCUAACCUACUGUCUUGGGAGCUGGAGGAGACAAGAACAAAAAGCAACGAUUCUAAAUCACAGGGAAAGAAGCGAAAAGGGAAGGAUCUAGAGAACUGAUUCAGUAUUUUGAUCCUUUCUAGAUCACAGGGUACAAAUUCCAUGUUGGCAAGGAGCAGUAUAAGCUGUGCAGGGCAUUAGACUCCUUGUCCUUCCUCCCUGGAUCUGAUCUUGCUUUCCUGAUUCUCUUUGCUUCCCCUUCUAGAAUGUCAGUACUCGGUUCCUCCUGCAAGUGGAGUUAGCACCCAUUUUCUGAGGUGUUAACUUGAAAGAUGUGCUCAGAUCCUGCUGCAGUAACUGCCUGAGCCUGUCACAACUGCUUAUCAUCAGCUGUCAGAGGUUACCAUUUCCUGUAGUCUGCUGUGGAGCAGCUCUUGGCAGGAUCCUUGGCCUGUUCUAAUCAAACGGAGCUGAGAAACUCGUUCCUAAUGAGAUAAACGUCCUGAAAAGGUAGAAUGUUCACAGGAGUGGAGUGGUGGGUAGCUUGGAUAUGCUAGGGAACACCAGCCUCUCCCAUAUGUAAGCAUCUUGGAAAACAUGCACUUGGCAAGAUCUCAGGCUUAGUCUACUCUGUGCUUGCAGCUAAUUAACUACACCACAAAGAAGCUGAUGAUGCCAGAGCUCUUCACCUGACUUAAGGGAUGCAAGAGCAGUAUGGAGCUGGGAACUUACUGAUCCUGUAGUUUCUAUUUUCAGAGCUCUAGGAUUUUUCUUGCAAGUGAUGAGGUAAUUAUUUUUUCUUUUCACCCC